AUGGAUGUAAAGGUUCACUUGUUCAACAUCCUCCCGAGGCCGGAGAAGGCACCCACCGACGACUCUGUGCCCAAUCACUGGGUUUUUGGCGUCUGCCAUCUCGACAUCCCUCCGUCCGCCGACAUUGUUCUGGCCGUCAACCCACAUAUCCGUAAUUAUCUCCUUCGGGCCGGAUCGGGUCAGAUCAUUUCAUUGCCAACGACUCGCGAGAUAGCCGAGGCCACCAUCCCCCACCUUCUGGAUGCCUUCCUCGAGCCCACGGAAGGCAUUCCAGCCUUCGCACCUUGGACCUGGUCUACCCUGGGUCCCAACAUGGCGCAGGCGAUCGAGGACGCCCUCAGAAGUCUGGGCGUGAGGCCCGAGCUUUGCAACGUGGGCCCAAAUACAGUUCGUCCGGGGGACGUGACAAAGUGCCAUGGCUGCGGUUUGAGCCGCGAGUGCUUCUUCCAGCCGCUCCAGCCGUGUGGGCGGUGCGGCACGGCCUUUUAUCACUCGAGAGAGUGUCAGGAGAAGCACUUGGAACACCAUGAGCACGCCUGCCUCGCACCUGGUAGCACCCUUGAUGCCGAUACCUACUACAACACGAUGGCGCCUUUUGACCCGGAGGCAUGGGCUUUGAUGAGCUCACUUCGCCUUGAGUGGCACCCAAACCGUAGCCUAAUAGCGUGCGCCUCAGAGCCCCCCCCCCCCCCCCCCCCCCCCGGCCCGCCCCCUCCCAGAGACUCAGACUCAUUCUCUAGCCUGCCUCUCCACCGCCUAAUCAUCACCGGUCAAGACACUCCGGAGAACAUGCGGCUACUAUUUGGCCCACAAUAUGAAUCCACACUCAAGGAGCCGUAUGAAAAAUUCCGUAUCGGACUCCUACUCGACCCGCCGCCUGGUUCUCCGUGGCACGCCAUGGACGCCGAUUUGGGUAUGGAUGAUCCUUUCCUUGUUCGAUCGCUGCGACCGGCAACCGAGGCUGAGAAGCAGAAAGUCGAGGAAGUCAGAGAGAUGCAAGCGUUGAUUCGGCAGAGAGUGGACACUGGGAAAUCCCCUUCCCUGGCGGACAUGCACGCCAUCCUCACGAUGGCGGUGAAUACCAUGGACCAAGGCGUUCCGGCUGGUGGAUUCGGUGAAUCCCCAGUUGACUGGUGCUGA